CGUGUACUUACUAGCAUAGAUAUAUCCUACGCCCGCUGUCGAUCUUCGCCGCAUUUCCCUCCUCCCUCGACCACCUCGUCCUCUUCUCUUCCUCCUCACCACCACCUCGCUCGCCGCUUCCUUCCAUCUGGAUGCUCUUGCGCCUGCCAAUUGCACCAUGAAAACCUCCAUUCCCUCCGACGUGUGGGAGAAGAAGAAGGCCCUGAUUGCUCGCUUGUACAAAGACGAGGAGUGGCCGCUGAAGCAGGUCAUCAAGCAGAUCCGCACCGAGGACUUCAACCCGAGUGAAACCCAGCUGCGCAGCCGCCUGAAGAAAUGGAGGGUCACCAAGCCGUCUCGCCAGACCCGCAAGAAACCCGUCGAUGGCCAGCCCGAUAUCGACGACGAUGAGGAUGACGUGCCGGAGGAGAUGUCCCCUGUGGAAACAAAGAAUGUCACGCUGCCAACGCCAACUUCGCUAUCGCAGCCGCAACAAAUGUCCCAUGUAGAUGGUCAUGGUCACGGUCAUCCCCAUGCACAUUCACAUGCUCAACAGAGCAAUCGAGACUGGUACUCGGCAGAGACCUGGCAGCAACAACUGCCACCACCACCACAACAACAACAAUCGCAACCAGAGUCGAUCGCACAAACGGUUGUCAUUGCUCCUUCUGCGGAGCAGUCAGAGGUCGCUGUCACGCCAACAUGGCCGGCUCCCGUGUCGACUUCUCCACAACUGAGCUUGACAACCGAGCGUCACCCUCAAAUGGUUCCGCCACAGAAUACCGGCAGUCAGAUCAGUACCCCGGUCAUAUCACAUUUUCCUAGCCACGGUCUUCCCGCCUCGUACGAGCUUUCUCAGCAGUCUCCCCAGAGUAACCUUCCUGCCAACACUCAUAUGGUAUCGCCGAGCUAUGUCGCUCCUUACCCGAUGGCUCCCCUUACAUAUCCUCAACCAGCACCACCGUCGACAAUACAGUGGCCGAUGGCAAACGAUUACAUCGAGCCCGAUGUUAGCCCGUCGACAAUGAGCAUGCCACAGUCAAAUUGGUAUGCUGCUCAAUACGAAACACCAAACGGGCCAUCUACCGUCUAUUACCCGCGCGCCAUCAACCCGGUUUCCAACAAUUACGGUCAAGUUGUACAGCCAAUGGCUCCUCAGGACAUGAGUGCCUAUCAACAACAGUCCAUGGUUAGCUAUCAAGGAUUCGACGAGGCAGUUCCAGUCCGCCCAUGGAGGCGUGCAACGUCCUCACACUACAACCCCGACGCAGCACCGGGACACGUUCGCGUAGACCGCCAAGGUCGCCAGCGUAAACAAGUCGCGGACCGAAAACGCAAGGACUCGGCGGUGGAAGGAGUCAACAUGGUUUCUCAGCAAAUGCAGUCGAUCCAAUCGAUGCAUCCAGCUAUACAAUCGGCCAUGCCUCCCCAGUAUAUUCCAGCGGGGCACCACUCGAUGGCCCCGCAAGAUAUAUACGCCUAUGCAGGCCACGAGCAAUUAUUACAACGGCCAGUCGGCCAUUGAUAUUGUUCUAACUGUAUAGCAUACUGUUAUUUUUGCAUAUAUGAUAGGCGCAUGGGAGGGAAUUCGAGUACUUUACAACAACUACGAAGGCCAUCAUCAUGGCUGUAUUGGGCUUUUGUCUAUUCGGCAUACCUGUUUAUAUACCCAUUCAAUUGUUUCUGCAAUGCAGCGUUGCCGGAGUCGGAGGCAUUUUUCAAUGUAUAGUUAUUAUAUUUGGGUUGAUUAAUUGUUUAUGGUUAUUGGUUAUUGCUUGGUGGUGAUUUAAGUACCAUUUUGGGAAAAUAGGCCGGUGCACUGGUUUAUAUUUGGUGUAUAUUGGAGGAUAUAUCUUGACUCUGAAAAUACAUAAUCUAACUAUUACAUUUCAACUACAAA